AUCAAUCCAAGACAACAAAAAUGGGUGCUCAAAUUUUCAAAACCCCAACUUCAAAUUCACACCAUGCUCUCACAUUUCUUCUCCCAGUUCUCUUAUUGAUCAUCACAAACAUGCAAACAACUGUGGCAACCUCCUCUUCCUCUCAAACCUACAAAACCUACGUCAAAACCGCCUGCAAUUCAACCACAUACCCACUCAUUUGCUACAAAUCCCUCUCCUCGUACGCUUCCAAAAUCAAAUCCAACCCUCGAAAGCUUUGUAUCUAUGCCCUCUCUGUGACCCUAACAGCUUCGAAAAAUGCCUCUUCCGUAGUGUCAAAGCAGUCUAAGAAGGCAGGACUAACCCCAACUCAGAAAGGGGCCAUCAAUGAUUGUUUAGAAAAUAUUAAGGAAUCCAUCGACGAGGUCAAAGAUUCAUUGACUUCAAUGAAGAAUUUGGGGGUCAAGGGUGGGGACGUGCAAGCGCAAUUAGAUGAUAAAGACUUGGGUCAGUGCUGUCCUCACAGACGACGCUACUUGCACUGAUGAAUUCGAUGAUGUGAAGGUAAGCACGGCGAUUAAGACCGCAAUCAAGAACAGCAUUGUGCCUGCUGCUAGGUUAGCUAGCAAUGCUCUGUCGCUCAUCGACAAACUCAGCUAGUAGUGCAGUUAGUUAACGUACCCUUGUAAUUCCUCGACUCUUAUCUAUUUUCUUUUUGGUAUUGAACUUUAAAUUGCUGGUACGUAGUUCAUAGAUUUUUACAAUUUAUGUUUUGGUUGUUUAUGUUAUUAAAAGUUGUUUGAAAUGGUUUUUCUGUAAUUUGCUGGAAAAGUAAUGUCUUGU